AUCCAGCCAGAGCGCGCUGCAAACAGCUGAAAUAAAGUCACGUGAUACGCGGAAGCAAGACAGCAAGUUAAAAAACUCACGCCGCUGAAGUUUUGUUUACAUCUUGUAGAGAGAACAGUGCAGUUCUGCAAAUGCUCUUUAAACAGUUUAAACAUAAGAAUUACGUGUUAACAUGGAGAUUUUGUGGAAUCAGAUCAAUUUACAGCGACCGCCUUACAGGUCAUGGGACGUUUCUGUAACAGAAUUCGAUUCAAAACGGUUCAUUGAUUCCAUUGACAAGAUAUUGAGUGAUUUUAAAACCUUUCAAGUGUUGCAUGCCGAAGCAGCUCUUCUUAGUCGAUUAAUUUAUCGCAUGAAAAGCAAAUUUAGAAGUGAUAAGGGGCUGAAACAUAUGGAAAAAGUGAACCGAGCAUUAUUAAAUUAUUUGAACAUGGCAAUGGAAAGAGAAUACGAACUUCUGAAGGAAUACAUAGAAAUUAAUAAUGGAAUAAUUAGUUUACCACCACGUCAAACCCUUGAAUACGUCUUAGUAAGAACUCAAGGAUUUGCAAAACUCAUGUGUAGAGUAGAAUCAACUGCAUUAAUUGCUGGAAAUUUUCUUAAAUCAAGAUUGUGUAUUGGUCAAUCUUGGACUGUUGCUAUGAUAGCUUAUGCAGUCAUUAGUAGAAUAUGGAUCCUUUCCAGACAUGUGAUAAAAAAAUCAUGCAAUUGGUAUAACAGUAUCUUUGAUCACAUGAAAAAUUUUAAAACUGUUGGCAUAUCAUGGUUACCUGACAAUUAUAUUUUGCCAGAAAAUCUUGCUGAAUGGCUUGAUUUGCCAUGGUUCAAUGAAGACAUGGAAAAAUUGCCAAUAAAAGAAAAUUGGGAUAAAUCAAUAUUCAGUUUGAUGAAAGCAAAUGAUGCAGAUGAGGAAGAUUUGAAUAUUGCUAAUGAUACAAUCCCUAAAAAUUUAACAGCAAUCUCAGAAGAUGUGAACUGUCAAAACGAUAUGGACUCUGUACAAAUGGACGUGGAUCUAGGACAGCCAAUUAGUCGACUUGCUUUUGAAGAAACCAAUCAGGAGGAGAAAAGAAAAAAGCCAGUAAAAGUGAAAAAGAAGAAAAGGAAUCCCAAAAAAUUCGAGAAACUUCUGCAAGUUGAAUCAGAAGCAGACUUGGUUACUUUACUGAAAAUCGAUUCAUUUCCCGGACUCGAUAAGCUACAGUUAAAUAUAUUGCAGAAGCAAAUAAAAAAACUUUUAUUGAAAUUAACGGAAAAGAAUACCCGUAAUUUGGACGAAGAAAUGCUGAAAAAAAUUAGGAAAGGUAUAAAGAAAUGGACUAGCAGUUAGCAAAGCUAAGUAUGUAUAUAAUUUUAAUUAUGCAAUUUUAAUGUAAAUAUCGUCGUUAAAUAAAAUUAUUCGUUUUGAUACGUUGAAUCAAAUCUAA